CCCAAUCGAAAUUGGACUCUCGCCGACGACUCCGUCGAUUCCGUUUUACCGUUUUGCCCACUUAGGGGCCCCCGCUCAGUUCACGUGCGACUAGCAAAAGUUAAAUUGAGCGAGCGAAAGAGAGUGUGUAUACAACAACCGAAGAACCGAACCGACAGACACCUAAGGCUAACAGCUAACAGAAUGGCAAAUCGCGAUUUACAGCUGAAUAGUGGCAUGCGAUGUGCUAAAUAUAUGCUCAUCAUAGUGAGCUUUAUGUUUGCGCUGACGGCCAUCCUGCUGAUUAUGGUGGGAACUACGAUCCAAACGAUCUUCGGCGACUUUAGCAUUUUCAUCGAUGGACACUUUGCAUCGCCGCCGGCUCUGCUGAUUGCCAUAGGAUUCAUACUGAUUGCCGUGGCCACUUUGGGGGCCUACGGAGCUGUUAAGGAGAGUGUGAUGGUCAUCAACCUGUACGGUGUCUGCCUGUUCCUGGUGUUCAUCCUAGAGGUGUCAGCGGCCAUUGCUGCCUUCGUGAUGCAGUCCCAGGUGAGGGAUAUGCUGAUGCGGACCAUGUACCAGUCGAUGGCUGACUACGAAACCGAUCCCUAUGUCGAAUCUGGCGUGGACUUUAUGCAAUCCGGGCUGGAAUGCUGCGGUGUGAACAAACCCGAGGACUGGAAGGAUUACUACAGCCCCAACAAGAACGAGACCCUGGACACUGAUGAUGUGGUGGUUCCCAAUUCCUGCUGCGGCGGUCUGGCCCAGGACAUCAACGAUGCCAGGCAAGUGAAUUGCCUGGACACCUUCGACUACGGCUGCUUCCGCAAGAUGAACUUUAUCAUUUCGCAGAGCGCCAUGCUCAUUGCCACCGGUGCGACUACAGUGGCCUUUGUCCAACUGCUAGGCGUGCUCUGCGCCUUCAUGCUGGCCAAGACGCUGCGACGCAACAAGUCGAUCCGCGAGGCUCGGCGCUGGCAGCUCCAGCAGAGUCUGGGCGUCCUCAUCUCCGGCGGAAAGAUGGGUCCCCCCCAGAACUCGGCGGUCGCCGGCUACCAGCAGUUGGGCAACGGCGAACAGGGCACCCACGAGCCCUACACCUACACACCCCAGAGUCCCAGCGUAAACUAG